AUGAGAGGAAUCAGCUCUUCAUUGCUCUAUCUAGGCAUUAUACUUCGAUUACCAUCUAUGACAUGUCAAACGAGCGAAAACGGAUGGUCUGAGCCAAGUCCAAAAAAAUUUUCGGAAUUGGAUUGGGAUAAAUUUGAUCAUUUAUACGACAUAGGUCAGACUCGCCCAGAUGUACGAUCGACUCCGCCACCUGAAUUGAGCAAAGAAGCGCAUUUAGCCUUGAGUAUGCUGGAUCAUAACAAUGACUCUCCAACAACAAAAGGAAAAACUGUCGAGACUUUAACAAUCGGAAAAAUGAAGUAUCGACAGUUCAAAGCAAGAGAACAAAAAAAGUUAGAAACAAUGUCCAAACCAGAACGUGAUGCUUACUUUGAUCAAAAGAAAGCUAAAUACCGAGAAGAUUCAAGAAAACGAAGAGCAAAGAUAGGUCAUCGCAUUCAGGGAGCACAGUCAUAUAGUAAACUCAAAAAACUCGUAGAUACCAAUUCAGCCACUUCAGAACAGGUGGAAAAGCUUAAAAAGAUUAAAGAAAACAAUCGAAACGCAAGAAGACGAUGGCGAGUAGCACAAAAAGAAAGAAUAAAGCAGGUUCGUACGUACAAGAAAGAAGGUACACUAACUCCAGAACAAGCUGAAGAACUUGGGAAAUACGAAAAGAACUUAGAGAAAAUGCGAAAGUCUUCUCAACGUGCUCGAGAUCGAAAGAAGGCGUUGAAAACGCAAGCUAAAGAGCGUAACGACGCAUGA